CCUCCUUGUUCUCCAGAGGCCAUUUUUAUACAGUGAAUCACAUAACGGUACAACAUAACUGGCACCACGCAGAUUCAUAGUUCGUCGAAUUAAUCUCUUUAUACGCGUGUGUCCAGAGAAGCAUUGAUCGGCUCGGCUACACUUGGAGUUGUCUUUGUGGCUGGUUAUUACAUUGGCAAAAGACGAUCCACAUUUUCCAUGGACAUCUUCAAGAGUCACUCUGGGGCAAAAGAUAACCAUUUGAUGCAGUAUGUCCUCAAUCAUUCAAUGAGGGAGCAUCCGGCCCUGAAAAAACUCCGAUUGAGGACUAUGGAUGAUUCGUGGAACUUCAUCAUGGUUGCCGCUGAGCAGUCUCAGCUGAUGGCUAACCUGGCAAGACUCAUCAAAACCAAGAAAGCUAUAGAAAUCGGAGUAUACACAGGGUACAACACUCUGAGCAUAGCGCUGGUUCUGCCAGACGACGGGAAGAUGGUGGCCUGUGACAUCAAAGACGAAUACCCCAACAUCGGGAAACCCUUCUGGAAAGAGGCUGGAGUGGAACAUAAAAUAGAUCUACGCAUCCAGCCAGCAUUGAAAACUCUAGAUGACCUCUUGGCCAAUGGCGAGGCCGAGACAUUUGACUUCGUCUUCAUCGAUGCAGACAAAGCAAACUAUGACAACUACUAUGAAAAAUCCCUCCAGCUAGUGAGGAAAGGAGGCAUUAUUGCCAUUGAUAACGUUCUGUGGAGUGGGAAGGUGCUGAACCCUGCAGCUGAUGACAUUGACACCCAGGCCAUUGACAAGCUGAACAAGAAGUUGUACCGGGAUGUCAGGAUCAACAUCAGCAUGCUCACUGUGGGAGACGGCGUGACACUGGCCUUCAAACUCUAACACUAUGUAGAGUUAUAAGUCUUAAAACUAUAGUACUAAAUGGAAGAUUGGCCAACACUGGUCUGUACUGUAGUAUCGAAGUAGUGACAAGUAGCUUUGGGGUAUGAUUGGCCAACACUGGUUUGUACUGUAGUAUCGAAGUAGUGACAAGUAGCUUUGGGGUAUGAUUGGCCAACACUGGUUUGUACUGUAGUAUCGAAGUAGUGACAAGUAGCUUUGGGGUAUGAUUGGCCAACACUGGUUUGUACUGUAGUAUCGAAGUAGUGACAAGUAGCUUUGGGGUAUGAUUGGCCAACACUGGUCUGUACUGUGGUAAACUGUAGUACCCAAUUACUGAGAAGUAGCUUUACAUUACGAUAAUCAGAUAGUACUUGCCAAGUGCUGACUUUUAAAAUGGUUGUUUAUAGGUCAUUAAAUCCAUGUAAUGCUGCCCUUGAAUAUAUGUGACCUGAAAAGGUUUAAAUGAAAGAACUAGGACUGUCAGAGUUAAUCAGGUAACUUUGUAAUUUUUGUGCAUUUUUUAAAAUAUAUUGUCUGAAGGCAUUCAAAAAUAUACUGAAAACAAGUCGA